AUGUAUUCGUCCAGAGGGGGCAAUGCGUACGGACAACAGUCAUAUACUGGCCAAUCUGCAUAUGGCCAAAAUCUGGGACCUGCUUAUGCUGGAAAUUCUGCUGGAGGGCCUGAAGGGGGGUCGCAAGUUCCCAUGGGUUCUCGGCAUUCAUCAAUGUUAGUUGGCUCGGAGGAGGUUGAUGCCAGUGGGUAUAGAGCUCAUCCUUCAGCUGCAGCUCAUUAUGGGGGACAGUAUAGCUCUAUCUAUGGUUCAGCUGCUUUGAGCAGUGCACCUCAGGUUCCUCCAAUGAGUACUAAAGGUUCUGGACCAUCGGUUUUGGAAAGUCGUGGUGGUUAUGUCCCAGCUAAACCAGAAUCACCAAAGUUCUCAUCUGGUGACUAUAUCUCAUCUUCAAGUCAUGGGUAUGGUCAUAAAGUUGAUCAAUUGUAUGGUGAAAAGGCUCCUGAUUAUCCAGCGAUAGACAGAAGGCAAUUUGGUGAACGUCAGAGUGCGUAUAUGGGGAGGGACUUGCAAGGUGAACCAACUGGUCGAUAUGCUGAUUCUGUUGGUUUUGGUCCUCAACAUCAGUCCGAGAUUUAUGAUCGAAUUGAUAAGGCUGUGCUGCUUCGUCAAGAACAACUGCUGAAAUCGCAAUCACUGCAGUCUGCUUCUCUUGACGGGAGUGCAAGACAAGCUGAUUAUCUUGCAGCAAGGGGUGCCGCUAGUCGUCAUCCCACUCAAGAUCUUACUUCUUUUGGAGGAAGAAUGGAUGCGGAUCCUCGCAGUUUAUCUAUGCUUAGUGGUUCUUCAUAUGGGGGACAACCUGCUCCAUCAAUAUUAGGGGCAGCUCCACGGAGAAAUGAUGAUCUCAUGUUUUCGCAAAGUUCCUCAAAUCCUGGUUAUGGAGUCAGCCUACCUCCUGGUAGGGACUAUGCCACAGGAAAAGGGAUUCGUGGCUCAUCUCUUGAGUCAGAUUAUCCAGGAAGCUUGUCUCAUGGUGGUCAUCCACGGAUUGAUGAACGGAAGGAUGACAGGGCUAGUUAUCUUCAAGAAUUUGAGCUAAGGGAGGAGGCGCGCCGUCGGGAGCGUUUGCGUGAGAGAGAGAGAGACAGAGAAAGGGAGAAGGAAUGGGAACGCGAACGAGAACGUGAACGAGAACGAGAAAGAGAGCGUGAACGAGAACGCAUUUUGGAGCGGAGGGUGAAGGAGAGAGAUCGAGAGCGGAAACGUGCACUUGAAACCAGGCGGGAACGAACUCCACCAAGAGUUUCUAGGGAUCGUCGUGGUUCCUCUUUAGCAAAGGAGGGGAGAUCUUUGCGACAGGAUUCGCCACAUCACGAAGCUUUGCAUAGGCGUCAUUCACCUGUUAAAGAUAAAAGGAGAGAAUAUGUCUGCAAGGUAAAAGGACCAGUGCAAGAGCAUAGCCAUUCAAUGAUAUUGACAAUUAUUCCUUUCAAGUCUGCCUUUAGUCUUUUGUUUGGAAUUGAGUUCUUCACUGGUUUCAAUCGUGAUGCCUUUUCUGUUAUCUUUGGUUCAGAAUUUCAGUUUCUAAUCCCUGGGAUAUCCUUAACCUUCCUUACUCUUAUUACCAUGUUUCUCCUCAAUAUUGCUUCCACUUUGUCUUUUGGCUCUACGUGCAAAUGUUUCUUUCUGUGUUCCUAUGCUUCUUGUUCGCUUUUGUUUAUGGUUGGCUCCAUCACAUUUCCUGGACUUCUCUCUUCUCACUAUAUCUCCUUUAUCCUGUAUGUUGGCCUUUUCUUGUACAGACCUCUUCAUGUUUACUCAACCAGGCUGAUGGAUGUAGAAAGGGAUUAUCUUUCUAUAGAUAAACGAUAUCCCAGACUGUUUAUACCCUCAGAGUUCUGCAAGGCCGUUGUGAACUGGCCUAGGGAGAACCUUCAACUGUCUAUUCAUACUCCUGUCAGUUUUGAGCAUGAUUUUGUUGAAGAAGAGAAUGCCACUGAGCUGAAAGAGCGAGCUACUGAAAUGUUGGAUGAAGAACCUGAAAAAUCAGGACGUGGAAAUAUAGUGUGGAACGCGAAGAUUAUCUUGAUGAGCGGACUUAGCAAAAAUGCUUUGGAAGAGCUGUCAUCUGAAAGAGGUUCCGAUGAUCGCUUAUCACAUAUCUGCAAUAUCCUUAGGUUUGCUGUUCUCAAAAAGGACCGUUCAUGCAUGGCAAUUGGUGGCCGGUGGAAUCCUGCUGAUGGUGGUGAUCCAUCAGUUGAUGAUAGCCCUUUAGUUCAAACUGCCCUAAGAUAUGGAAAGGAUGUUGCUAAACUUGAUCUGCAGAACUGCAAGCACUGGAAUCGUUUUCUUGAGAUACACUAUGAUAGAAUUGGGAAAGAUGGAGUCUUCAGCCAUAAAGAGGUGACUGUAAUAUUUGUCCCAGAUUUGUCUGAAUGUCUCCCUUCAUUGGAUUCAUGGCGAGACCAAUGGCUUGCUCACAAGAAAGCUGUUGCAGAAAGAGAGCGUCAACUUUCUUUGAAAAAGGAGAGAUCAAGGGAGAAGGAAGUGCUGAAAGGUAAUUGGAGUUGGUCUUCUAGUUGUGUAUGA